UGGCACUCAAAAGGUCCUUAAGCGGAAUUUUAAUUACUUGCUUUGUGAAAUCAUUCUGCUUUCAUUUAAACAAAAUUCCCUACAGCCCUUUCUCUUUUUCUCGACCUUUUUUUUUAUUUUACUUUUAUUUUUUGUGGCGUGUGCUUGAAGACAAAAAAGUUCAACCAAGGCCAGAUAAAAAAUCACUUUAAAGCUCUAAAAUAAUACAUUGUUUACAACUUUCAAAGGUGGAGACAUGGGGCAAAUACUUUCAGAGCCCGUUACGACAAAGCAUAGCACGUCUGGAAAGGACGAACGUUUGAUUUAUGGUGCCUCUUCUAUGCAAGGCUGGAGAAUAACUAUGGAGGAUGCUCAUACAACCAUUCUUAACUACGAAAACACAGGAACUGCAUUUUUUGCGGUCUUUGAUGGUCAUGGAGGAGACAAAGUAGCAAAGUACAGCAGUCAGCAUUUGCCUGCUAAUGUGAUUGAAUCUGAAGCAUUUAAAAAAGGAGAUAUCAAAGAGAGCUUAAAGGAAGGUUUCUUGAAGAUAGAUUCAGAUUUACAUCCUGAAUUACAGCACGAUCCCUCAGGAUGUACGGCUAUCGUUGCUUUAUUGACAAAAGAUAAUAUGCUUUAUAUCGGCAAUGCAGGUGAUUCUCGCGCAAUCAUUUGCACAAACGGAAGAGCUAUUGCUUUAUCCGAUGAUCAUAAACCAAGUAACCCAAAAGAGACAGCCCGUAUUGAAAAAGCAGGUGGUCAUGUUGAAUUUGGAAGAGUGAAUGGUAACUUGGCAUUAUCAAGAGCUUUGGGUGAUUUUGAAUUCAAAUCUGCAACAAAUCUACCACCAGAGCAACAGGUGGUAACAGCCGAUCCUGAUAUUACAAAGCACAAGAUUACAGAAAAGGAUGAAUUUAUGGUCCUAGCCUGCGAUGGCAUUUGGGAUUGUAUGACGAAUCAAGAAGUAGCCUCAUUUGUACGUCAACAGAUUGCAGAGCAUGCUCCUUUAGAAACAAUCUGCGAAAAACUUAUGGAUCAUUGCCUCGCAGAUCAGUCAGGCACGACAGGUGUAGGCUGCGACAAUAUGACAGUAGAAAUUAUUGCGUUUUUACAGGGUCAAACAGAGGAAGAGUGGUAUAAGAAGAUAAGUGAAUCAGAAAAGGGGGCAAGCAGCAAAACGACCAGUGGUGGUGGUAAAGGUAUAAAAUCAGAAUCGAGGCAGUAUACAGAAAAUGAGUUAAAGAAGGCGCCGGACCUUACUUCUUCUCUAGCCUCUGCAGGAUCCACACAUGAUACCGCCGAAUCAAAGUCUAACGUAAAGUCUGAAGCGAAGAAGUAGGGGAAACUGUACGAUAUAUGCAUGUAUCAAUUAAUAAUUGAUUAAAGCCUGUCUUCUUUUAUCAUCAAUAAAUCAUUCAUUUCGAUGUUCAUAAAAUACAUGAUGAAGAGUCCGG